AUGUUCAAAGCCGGAGUCCAAAGCCGAAGCGGGAUGUGGAGAGCUCAAGCCGUGAAUGGCCGACAUGCCCAAAACUGGGGACCUGAAGGGGCUUGGGGCGUUGCCAGGUGCGGAGACUCCGCAUUUCACUGGGCUCGGGUGAAUGUUUCGGGGAGCAAACGGCUGAGUAACCUGCAAGCCCACUCUGCUGGGCGCAAAGAACUCCCGCCCGCGGAUAAUUGUUUUGGAGACAGGAGGGAUUCAAAUGCGGAGGGCUGCUAUGCAUUGGAAUAUAUGUAUUUGCAUUUGUGA